UGGUGGGUGAGCUUUAGCGUGAGCCAUGCCACUGUAGACUUGCGAACAGUUCUGAGCGAGUGAUAGCACGCCAGAGAGAGCACGAGAGUGAGCGAGCGAGUGCGAAGGGACACAGAGGAGACAGGGCGAGAGAGCGAGGGCCCGAGGACCUACGAUUUGAGACGGAAUGACCAUGGCUGUCUCUGCACCUCCAGUGAUCUCUGCAACUUCUAGUGGCGCCGGCAUCCCGGGGGGCUUAUUUCGGGCCGAACCCCUGUAUUCGACUCCUGGAGAUCCGCCUCGUCUCACCCCCAAUAGGAUCAACAGUUUCAUGGCUAGCAGCGCCGGGGGUGGUGGGGUCGGUGGCAGCGGAGGCAGCGGCAACACCAACACCGAGUGCAGGAUGGUCGACAUGCAUGGGGUGAAGGUGGCUUCAUUCCUGAUGGACGGCCAGGAACUGAUCUGCCUGCCGCAAGUCUUUGAUCUCUUUCUUAAGCAUCUGGUGGGAGGGUUGCACACAGUGUACACCAAACUGAAGAGACUGGACAUAUCCCCCGUGGUGUGUACUGUCGAGCAGGUCCGGAUCCUCCGCGGGCUGGGAGCCAUUCAGCCUGGGGUGAACCGCUGCAAACUCAUUACCAGGAAAGACUUUGAAACUUUGUUCACCGAUUGCACCAACGCCAGUUCAAGGCCGGGCAGGCCUCCUAAACGUUCUCUGGGAGUGUUGCAGGACAAUGCUCGCCUUUUGCCUCAUUCAGUCCCAGGCCUCUUAUCACCAGGACUUAUCACUCCAACAGGUAUAACAGCUGCAGCAAUGGCUGAGGCAAUGAAGCUGCAGAAGAUGAAGCUUAUUGCUAUGAACACUCUUCAGGGAAAUGGAAGCCAAAAUGGGACUGAAUCAGAGCCUGAUGACUUUAAUUCUAACACAGGUGGAAGUGAAUCUUCCUGGGAUAAGGAUAAGAUGCAGUCUCCUCUUGCUGCUUCUGGACCCCAACAUGGAAUUACUCAUGCAGCUUUGGCUGGCCGGCCAGGCCUUGGAGGUGCUCCUACCCUCAAUCCACUGCAGCAGAACCAUCUGCUGACCAACAGGCUGGAUCUGCCAUUUAUGAUGAUGCCUCAUCCCUUACUUCCCGUCAGCUUACCUCCUGCAUCAGUUGCCAUGGCAAUGAAUCAGAUGAACCAUCUAAAUACUAUUGCCAACAUGGCUGCUGCAGCUCAGAUUCACAGUCCACUCUCCAGAGCUGGGGCCUCUGUUAUAAAGGAACGGAUCCCAGAGAGUCCUUCUCCUGCUCCCUCUCUGGAAGAGGGUCAUCGCCCUGGGAGCCAGACCUCUUCCCACCCCAGCAGCAGCGUGUCUAGCUCUCCCUCUCAGAUGGAUCACCAUUCAGAGAGAAUUGAAGAGGUACCAGUUCAAAUACCAAUGAUGAAGUCACCAUUGGACAAGAUCCAACUGACUCCUGGGCAGACAUUGCCUCCUGGAUUCCCUGGACCAUUCAUUUUUGCUGAUAGUCUGUCCUCUGUGGAAACUCUGUUGACCAACAUUCAGGGUUUACUGAAAGUGGCUUUGGAUAAUGCUCGCAUCCAGGAGAAGCAGAUUCAACAAGAAAAAAAGGAACUGCGAAUGGAGCUCUAUAGAGAGAGAGAAAUUAGAGAAAACCUUGAAAGACAACUCGCAGUUGAGCUUCAAAGCAGAACUACCAUGCAAAAACGCUUGAAGAAGGAGAAAAAAGCCAAGAGAAAACUGCAGGAAGCCUUCGAAUUUGAGUCAAAGCGCAGGGAGCAAGUGGAGCAAGCACUUAAGCAAGCCACUACUAAUGACAGUGGCCUGAGGAUGUUAAAAGAUACUGGGAUUCCAGAUAUUGAAAUAGAAAACAAUGGGACUCCUCAUGAUAGUACUGCUAUGCAAGCCUGAACACUGAUGCUGGAACUCCAACUGGUCAUAGGCCCGAAUAGGGAGGUAACUAUUACUGUUUAGCAAUGGCACAACAGUUUUAUUCAGCAUGAAAGGUCCUCACUGGCUUUGCAUAACUGAAGAUGCUUGUGAUUCCAGUUUGUCUCUGAAACUAACCAAAAUGGAGUUAUUUUGAUUGUGUUUAUCAGCAAAACUUUGUUUACUGAAGCAACUAUUCAAUUUAUAUUGUGUUAUUAAAAAAGAAACGUGUGUACAUUUUUAAAGCAACGAUGUAAACUUUGUCUUCACAUUAGAUUGACCAGUUUAAGAAUAUGAACUAAAUCCUUGUGAGUAAAGUAAAUUGAACAUAUUUGAUGAUUUUCUAUGCUUACUUCAGCUUGGCUUUUUGUCUUUUAGGGAAAAAUGCAGUAGUGUGUUAGAGACUAGAAACUUAUGUGUAUGGUUUCUCUGUUUUAUCAUAUAUUAAGUUAAAGUACACCAUCUUUGUUAGAAAUGUAUUUGCUAAACUUCAGUAUUAAUAAAAGCAUUUUGACUUUG